AUGCCACAGUUAAAUACGAUUUAUAUCUUAUGUGGCAACAAAUUCAGACAUAAAGAAUGGACACAAAACUGGACAAAAGUCAAAGGUGUUCAUACAAACAUUAAAGAAAUAUGUCACGCAUUGCAAUUGGCAGUUAAACAAUGCGACCAGGACACAAUAGCUGUAAGUUUUCUUACCGUAAAUGAAAUGGCUUCAACUGAUAAUUUGAAUCAGUUGGAGCCAAUUUUUAUGUACACACAGAUAUUCAAGGAAAUCCUUCUUGAUAUCGAAUACAGUCACAAAGAAAUCCAGGACUUGGCCAUUUUUUGUCGGAGACUUUAUCCCGACAAAAAACGUGAAUUAAAAGUUAUUGAUGAAUUCGAAAUUGAUUAUUGUCCAGAACGAGCAAUAUGGUGGUAUACACGUGAGUGUUUUACCUACAAAAUGCUCAAUCAAGCACUUCGAAUUUUGGAUGCCGAUAUAAUCAUUAAUAUGGGCUUCUUUCUACGUGAUGUACAUACACAAAUUCGACAGCAUUAUGAACAACAGAUCGAUAGUUAUGGUGGAAAGUCUUUUGUAGUUUAUCGAGGACAAGGUCUUGUGAAAUCAGACUUUGAAAAACUUCAGAAAACAAAAGGUGGACUAAUGUCAUUUAACAUUUUCCUGUCCACGAGCAAAGAUAGAGAAGUGUCCCUCGAAUAUGCUGGACGUGCUUCGUCAAAAUCAGAUAUGGUUGGCAUUCUCUUUAUAAUGUCGAUUGAUCCUCGUAUUAAAUCAACACCAUUUGCCUCUGUUACUGAACUUAGUUAUUUCGAAGCACAAGAAGAAGAAAUUCUAUUCUCAAUGGACACCGUCUUUCGAGUGAAUGCAAUUAAACAAAUGGACGAGAACGAUCAAAUUUAUGAAGUUGAAUUAGAAUUAACAUCGGAUGAUGACGAACAACUACGAGUACUUACUGAUCGGAUACGAAAAGAAGCUGGUGGUACUGGAUGGCAAAGAUUAGGUAAAUUAUUGCUUAAAAUUGGUCAAUUUAAUAAAGCUAAAGAACUUUAUAAUGUAUUACUCGAACAGACGUCUAAUGAGGGUACGAAAGCGUUCUAUUAUUGUCAGCUGGGCUUAGUCCAUUACAAUCAAGGUGAUUAUCAAAAGGCUAUUUGGUAUAAUGAACAAGGAAUUGAAAUCCAACAAAAAACUCUUCCUUCAAAUCAUCUUGAUUUGGCUACUUCAUACAACGGAAUCGGUUUGGUGUAUGACGAGAUGGGAGAGUUCUCGAAAGCACUUUCGUUUUACGAAAAAGCACUCGAAAUUCGACAAGAAACUCUUUUAAAUCAUCCUGAUUUGGCGGAGUCACAUAACAACAUUGGUUUGGUGUAUGACAGCAUGGGAGAGUACUCGAAAGCACUUUCAUAUUACGAAAAAGCACUGGAAAUGCGACAAAAAACUCUUCCUGCAAAUCAUCCUGAUUUUGCGCAGUCAUAUAACAGCAUCGGUUUGGUGCAUGACAAAAUGGGAGAGUACGAAAAAGCACUUUCAUUCUAUGAAAAAGCACUAGAAGUUCGACAAAAGACUCUUCCUGCGAAUCAUCCUGAUUUUGCGGAGUUAUACAACAACAUCGGCAGUGUAUAUGACAACAUGGGAGAGUACUUGAAAGCACUUUCGUAUUAUGAAAAAACUCUUUCUUCAAACAAUCCUCAUUUGGCUACUUCAUACAACAACAUCGGUAUGGUGUAUGACAACAUGGGAGAGUACUCAAAAGCACUUUCAUCUCACGAAAAAGCGCUUGAAAUCUACCAAAAAACUCUUCCGUCAAAUCAUCCUGCAUUGGCUACUUCAUAUAACAACAUUGGUUUGGUGUAUGGCAAGAUGGAAGAGUACUCGAAAGCACUUUCCUUUUUUGAAAACGCGCUUGAAAUCUAUCAAAAGACUCUUCCUUCGAAUCAUCCUGAUUUGGCUACUUCAUACAACAACAUCGGUUGUGUGUAUGCAAAGAUGGAAAAGUACUCGAAAGCACUUUCGUUUUACGAAAAAGCACUUGAAAUUCGAGAAAAAACUCUUCCUUCAAAUCAUCCUGAUUUUGCGCAGUCAUACGACAACAUCGGUAGUGCGUAUGAUGGGAUGGGAGAGUACUCGAAAGCGCUUUCGUUUUAUGAAAAAGAACUCGAAAUCUGUCAAAAAACUCUUCCUUCAAAUCAUCCUGAUUUGGCUACGUCAUGCGACAACAUCGGUAGUGUAUAUUAUAAUAUGAAAGACUAUUCGAAAGCACUCUCAUAUUAUGAACGUGCUCUGGACAUAUUCCAACGUGCAUUGCCUCCGAAUCAUUCUGAUAUUAAAGAUGUGAAAGAAAGUAUUGAAAUUGUAAAAAAAGAAAUUAUUAAGAAUUGUUGA